AUGUCGGAUUGGAGCUGUUUCUGUUGGAGCAGCGGCACGCCCCAGUUCGUCUCCUACGAGCCGGAGCCCUUCUCGCUUCCUUCGUCCCUCCCUGCGUGGCCCGAAGGUGCAGCUUCUACGCUUUCUCGUCGCGAGAUCGAAUGGUUUUGGUGCCUUGGUGCCGCGAUCAUCGUAUUCUUAGCAAUUUUCCACCUCCUGGAGCCUCCAACAGGAUUCUGAUAAAUCUUAAAUCCAUUGUUCAUAUUGGUUAUCUGUUGUGUUUCAUCUGAGAGAAACUGUGCUGCGAGGAUUUUCGCGCGGUGAAUUGUCCAAUUUCAGUUCGUAUCUCUGAUUAUUAUCUCCCGGCUCCUGCCCGGCAUACAUAUGCGUAUGCCACCGCUCAGUUCCAGACGACGGAGGUUUUUGAAAUCGGUCGGGUUCCCAUGCUCGUCGUUCAUGUAUCUGAUCGUUACACCCUUAAAUCCCUGUGUUUCUGUCCCUCUUCCUCAUCACACCCCGGGUUACGUAGAUCACCAAAGCAGUUCGGAUGCUGUGUAGGGUUUCUUGAUGGUCGAUGGGAUGUCCAAUGAGCCAUUGCUUGCGACGCUCUUUGGGUGGGUUUCUGGAUGUUCUCAUUGUCCAUUGGAGUCGUUUGGGUAAUCCUUGCCUCCGAGAAGCUUGGGUUUCGUGGCGUCUCGUUCAUUUUGCUUAUAUUUCUUGCCGUCUUCUAUUUGAUGCUUUUAUCUUUCUGCAGAUUCUGAGUUGAUUAAUGCAGAAAUGCUCUCUGGAUGUUCACUAAUUUUUUAUUUAUUUAAGCUUAAGACUUUAAUCGGCCGUUGCUUCCAAUCUGGACUAGCCCUGUGCAAUUCCACGAUCAUAGCUUUCACAUGAUUUUGUUCUAAAGGAUGGGAUGCACUGCCCAUCUUUUCCUCAUGCUUCAAAACCAUUAGUCAAUCAUCAUUAAUCGAUGUCCUCCGUCUCCUAUCUGGACACUGUGGAUCGUUAGCUCCGCUAGCAUUAUGCACUGUAAGAACCUUUUACUUUCUGCGAACGUCUCACCCUUGUUCUUGAGGGAAAUACAAAGGAUUAGUGGAAAUCUAUUUGACGAAGAAAGUGAAUGAUUCCUGAUGAGUGCAAAAACUUUGGUGUGAUUGAUAUAUUUGGUUGAAGUCAUAUACUGGAUGGUGGACAGUUUAAGGCUUCUCUUCUGAUGUUCUUGGCGCAGGUUGACUUGAUGCAAGCAUAAACUCUGUUGAAACUUUCCAUUUUUAGUUAUCUCCGGCAUAACUUUGUCCACGGAUUUUGAGAUUAAUGCUUGGAGAUGGCGAUUGUCGCGGGCAUCUGCUGCAAAAAAGUACUAAAAACGUGAUGAUCAAUGAUCCCUUCCAGGUGGAGGUUUUGCCAAGGAUAUAAUAUGCAUCGGAGAGCUGGAGGUUCUGCAGAUCACAAAGCUCCAGAGCGUCUGGAGUUGUAGCCUGUUGAGGGAGGAGAGCAAAGGUGCCACUUUUUAUAAGCCCGUUGAGAUCCCCGCCGGCUUCUUCUGCCUGGGCCACUACGGGCAGGCGAAUCACCGGCCUCUGCAUGGAUUUGUUCUGGUGGCCAGAGAAGUCAACUCCAACAAACCAGCCGAUGCUCAGACCGGAGCUGCUGCCGAGCAGCCGCCCCUGCGAGAACCCGUCGACUAUUCUCUCGUCUGGAGCAGCAACGCCGACUGGGCUGACGACGGCUUCGACGGAUGCGGCUUUUUCUGGCUCCCCUCCCCGCCGGCGGGCUACAGAGCCAUGGGCUUUGUGGUCACCGACACGCCAGAGAAGCCCCCUCUGGGGGAGGUGAGAUGCGUCCGCUCUGAUCUAACGGAAUCGCUGGAGACCCACGAAGUCAUCUUCGACGGCCUCGCCAUGGCGGCGCCGCCCUCGGGGAGCCCCUUCAGAGCUUGGACGACGAGGCCUCGCACCAGAGGGAUGUGGGAAACCGGGCUCUCGGUGGGGACCUUCUUCUGCAGCUCAAAAGAUCCCUCCGACAUGGAGGAUCUGGGGAUCGCCUGCCUGAAGAACACGAGCAAGUCCCUGGCGGCGAUGCCGAACCUGGAUCAGGUUAACGCGCUGGUCAAGCACUACGGGCCCACCGUGUUCUUCCAUCCGGAGGAGGUGUACUUGCCGUCGUCUGUGCCUUGGUUCUUCAAGAACGGAGCUGUGAUUUGCAGGCGAGGCGGCGGCGGCGGGGGUGUGCCGAUCGACUCCAAGGGCUCCAACCUUCCCCCCGGUGGCGGCAACGACGGGGAGUACUGGAUAGAUCUCGCCGACGACCGAGCGGAGGAGGUGAAGAGGGGGAACAUCGACAGCGCAGAGCUCUACGUCCACGUGAAGCCCGCCAUGGGAGGGACCUUCACGGACCUGGCGCUGUGGGUCUUCUGCCCCUUCAAUGGGCCGAGCACGGUGAAGAUCGGGCCGGUGAGCUUUCCGAUGAGCAGGAUCGGGGAGCACAUCGGCGACUGGGAGCACUUCACGCUGCGGGUGAGCAACUUCUCCGGCGAGCUGUGGAGCGUGUACUUCUCGCAGCACAGCGGCGGGGAGUGGGUGGACGCCGGCGAGCUGGAGUUCGUCGGUGGGAACAGGGCCGCCGUGUACGCGUCGAAGAGCGGGCACGCGAGCUUCCCGCACGCCGGCGACUUCCUGCAGGGCUCGGAGAAGCUGGGGAUAGGGAUCAGGAACGACGCGGCGAGGAGCGACUUCACUGUGGAUUCCAGCGUGAGGUACGAGAUCGUCGCCGCCGAGUACCUCGGCGGGGCAGUGGCGGAGCCCUGCUGGCUGCAGUACAUGCGGGAGUGGGGCCCGACCAUCGUCUACAGCUCACGGUCGGAGCUGGAGAGGAUCAUCAGCUUCUUGCCUUACAACCUCAGAUUCUCCGUGGAGAGCAUAUUCGCCAAACUUCCGGUGGAAUUGUACGGGGAGGAAGGACCCACCGGCCCCAAGGAGAAGAACAUGUGGGAGGGUGACGAAAGAAGUUAG